CCGUCCGUUGGUUCAGAGUUGGAUGAGAAAAGAUGCCACAGACUUGAUCUCCCAACCGUAUGUAGGCAAAAAGCCACAUCAACACUAUCACAAUUCCAUAAUGUCACGGGUCCCAGAGUGGAAGAGGGAAGAGCCUAACUCAAGAAAUCUUGGGGCCAGCUGGGAUGGAGGAAGGAGCCGAGGCAGAGGCCAAGGCCGUGACUGGAGCAGCCCCUCUAGUUCCUCUAGACCCCUCAGCCAGAUUGGGCCUAGGGCUGCAAGUGCCCGUGAACCACCACUCUGCUUUAGAUUGAAUAGCGCUAUGAUUGGUGCAGUAAUUGGUCGUGGUGGAUCAAAAAUAAAAGAUCUACAGCAUUUGACAAAGACUAAAAUACAGAUCAUAAAGGGAGAUUUUGAUGCAGAGGUAAAAAUUUUUGGCAGCAAAGACAUGAAAGUAAAGGCUAAAAAUGCUAUAGACUCAAUUGUUAAAGAACAAGAACGCCGCCACUCAGAAUCCAAUGUUGAUAAUACUGCAUCCCAGCCCUCUGUUGAGAGAGACAUAAGCACAGAUAAUACUGCUAGAGAAGUAAAGCCACUGAUAGAUUGGGAUCAACUUAAGGCAGAAGUUGUAGAAUGGGAAAAACGAAAAUGGGCAGAUUUACCGCCAAUUAAGAAAAACUUUUACAUAAAAUCCAAAGCAACAAGCUCAAUGUCUGAAGCGCAGGUAGAUAAUUGGAGAAAGGAAAAUUUCAAUAUAACAUGUGAUGACUUGAAAGAUGGUGAAAAACGUCCCAUCCCCAAUCCAACUUGUAAAUUUGAAGAUGCUUUUCAAAGUUACUCCUAUGUUAUGAAAAAUAUAAGAAAGGCAGGUUUUCAGAAGCCAACACCAAUUCAGUCACAGGCAUGGCCAAUUAUUUUACAAGGAAUAGAUCUUAUAGGAAUUGCACAAACUGGAACAGGCAAAACGUUGGCCUAUUUAAUGCCUGGAUUUAUUCAUCUUGAUUCUCAACCAAUUUCUAGAGAACAAAGGAAUGGACCUGGCAUGCUAGUCCUUACACCCACUAGAGAAUUAGCUCUACAGGUGGAAGCUGAAUGUUCUAAAUAUACAUAUAAGGAUCUUAAAAGUGCUUGUAUCUAUGGUGGUGGAGAUAGAGAAAGACAAAUACAAGUUGUUACCAAAGGUGUAGAUAUCAUUAUUGCAACUCCUGGAAGGUUGAAUGAUCUGCAAAUGAAUAAACUUAUCAACCUAAAAAGCAUAACCUACUUGGUCUUAGAUGAGUCAGAUAAAAUGCUAGAUCUGGGGUUUGAACCCCAGAUAAUGUAAAUUUUAUUAGAUGUGCGCCCAGAUCGGCAGACUGUGAUGACAAGUGCAACUUGGCCAGAUACUGUUCGUCACCUUGCACACUCUUAUUUGAAAGAUCCUAUGAUUGUAUAUGUUGGUACUCUGGAUCUAGUUGCUGUAAAUACAGUGAAGCAAGAUAUAAUUGUUACCACAGAAAGAGAAAAAAGAGCUCUUUUCCAGAAAUUCCUGGAGAACAUGUCACCCAAAGACAAAGUCAUUGUGUUUGUUAGCCGAAAACUUGUUGCUGAUGACUUAUCAAGUGAUUUAGGCAUUCAAGGCAUACCUGUGCAAUCACUACAUGGCAGCAGAGAACAAUAUGAUCGAGAACAAGCAUUAGAGGAUUUUAAAAGUGGAAGGGUGAAAAUAUUGAUUGCAACUGAUUUAGCAUCCCGAGGUCUUGAUGUUGCUGAUAUUACUCACGUAUAUAAUUAUGAUUUCCCACAGAAUAUUGAAGAAUAUGUACACAGAAUAGGGCGUACUGGAAGAGCAGGGAAGAUGGGCAUCUCAAUUACCCUUAUCACUCAAGAUGAUUCAAAGAUUGCCAAUGAGUUGAUUAAAAUUCUGAAAAGAGCAAAUCAGAGUGUCCCAGAAGAUCUUAUAUUUAUGGCAGAGCGUUACAACUUCCAUAAACAAAUGAAGGACACAGGAAAAAAGCCAAGUAAAUUUCAAGGAAGACCCAGAGAGUCUUAUUAG